AUGGCACCUGUUGCCAUUGACGAAGAGCCAGGUUAUUGGCCUCUGAUUCAGGCAAUAUCGCACGUUUCGGCAGCCGCUUAUCUCUCAUACACCGUUGGAAGGAGCCUUUACCAGUCACACCAAGCCUUGGGCCCUGCUCAAGAUACACGACACCGCAUCGCGCAGCGCUCAAAGCUCACAACUGCCUUUGGAAGCCUCGCCGCGCUAGGGCUGGUGUUCGCUAUUACAUCAGCUUGGAACCAUGCCUCGCUCUCCUACAAGGUGUGGGCUUCCGAGAGGGGAAUCGAAGUUCCAACCUCACUAUUUGGGAGCCACGAGUCAAGUACAAACAAUGCCACUGCAGCUAGCCUGCAGCUGAGACGUUGGCUGAGAGAUACGCCCGUCUAUAUGGACGCCCUCGAGAUUGUCGCCGAGAAGCCUCGGAGGCAGUGGUGGGGUCAGCAAUCGGAGCUUGCAAAAGCCGCUUUUACCACGCUGCUAGCAAUCGAAGGGCGCCGACGCAGAAUCCCGCACCUCUGGGCUUAUGCUCUACUAUCUAUUUACGUCAAUUUGUCGUUUGCUCAAAACCUCUUCUAUAUCGCCUUGCUCUUGAACCCAUCCGCGAACCUAACUCGGGAGUCGAGUUCCCCGAACAUCCUGGAUCAGCUGUUUCCGCAAAAGUCCGGGAACUGGUGCCCCAGGCUUCCUGCGCUUCUUGCCCCUUUGUUUCUCAAAUAUGCCGCCACCGUCUGGCUCCCAUAUGCGGCAGGAACGCCACGGUUCGCAACAGCAGCAACAGUAAACAACAUCCUGACCCUCGCACCCCUGGUGCUGCCAAUGAUUAUACCAGAAUCCUGGGGUACCGUCCACCCGGACCCGCACGAUGCUUACCGUAGCAUUACCAAGCUCUACAACGCCAUGACCAUGGCAAGCGCUCUACUCCACGCCAGGAGCACCGUAACUAGCCUAUACUACAAUCUUCCAGGGUCUUACAAGCAUCGGCACAGCAUCAAGAUACCCUUCGAUACGGAGAAACGGUCCAAAUGGGAGCGGAGCGCGACAGCUAUCGAGAAAGUCCUAGGCUCCAUGGCCGACCACCCUGCUGUUGCCGCCGUCGGCAAGGACGUGCUCUUAUGCGCUCUGAGCCUUGGUCUCUGGGCAGCCGUCCGGGCAGUGGAUGUGAGCAAGAUGAUCCAAUCGGUAUCGCCGAUCCACACUACGCCAGCCUCUCCGUUCGGUGACGCGCCGAUGACGACUACUCAGAAGUUCGACCACUCCGUUCACGAAGAGCCGCAGAAGCCAACAUCUGCACCCUCCAUGUCCCUGCGAAACCGGGACCUACCUGCCAGGACGAUUGUGCCCGGCAUUCACACCAAGGAGGCGGCCGACCCUCUACACCACACACCGAGACGCCGAGGCCGUCCGCGGAAGAUCAAGAUCGAGCCGGAGCCGGGACCAGGAUUGGAAGAUCAGAAGGGGACAACUGAUGACGAGACUUACGAGCCUUCUCCGAAAGUCAAGGCAGAAGUUGGCCUUGGCGACGUCGUUCCGGAUGAUGAGUUUGACUGGGAACCUGCUUCACUAGCCUGGGCUUUGACGGCCUUGGGAGGGCUAGGCGUUGGCAGCGCUGCUGUCUUUGGAGCCGAGUGUAUCUCACGGUGA